AGCGGCGCGGGGGGCCCAUGAGCGGCGAUGGCAGCGGCUAUCGCCAGCUCGUUGAUCCGGCAGAAGCGGCAGGCGAGGGAGUCCAACAGCGACCGGGUGUCCGCCUCCAAGCGCCGCUCCAGCCCCAGCAAGGACGGGCGCUCCCUCUGCGAGAGGCACGUCCUGGGGGUCUUCAGCAAAGUACGCUUCUGCAGCGGCAGGAAAAGGCCGGUGAGGAGGAGACCGGAACCCCAGCUGAAAGGAAUUGUGACAAGGUUAUUCAGCCAGCAGGAAUACUUCCUGCAGAUGCACCCAGAUGGUACAAUUGAUGGGACCAAGGACGAAAACAGCGACUACACCCUUUUCAAUCUAAUUCCUGUGGGUCUUCGUGUGGUGGCAAUCCAAGGGGUGAAGGCAGGUCUAUAUGUUGCCAUGAACGCUGAGGGAUAUCUCUACAGCUCGGAUGUUUUCACACCAGAGUGCAAAUUUAAGGAAUCUGUCUUUGAAAACUACUACGUUAUUUAUUCUUCCACACUGUACCGGCAGCAAGAAUCCGGACGAGCGUGGUUCCUGGGACUCAAUAAAGAAGGUCAAAUUAUGAAGGGAAACCGAGUGAAGAAAACCAAACCUUCAUCACAUUUUGUACCCAAACCCAUUGAAGUGUGCAUGUACAGAGAGCCAUCGCUGCAUGAAAUUGGAGAAAAACAAGGACGCUCAAGGAAAAGUUCAGGGACACCAACCAUGAAUGGAGGCAAAGUUGUUAACCAAGACUCGACAUAGCUGACAAAUACCCUCCCUUCGUCCAACUGCUCCCCUCCCACUCACCUACCCACCACACCUGGCGAAACCACACUGAGACCACGACAAACGGAGCAAGGCAGGACCUACCGGUAGUGGCUAGGAGUCCGAACUCAAGAAUCUUUCUUUGUGUAGGAUGAAGGCAUCGAACCACAGAUCUUGCCUGUUUCAACGUUUUAGAAACAAACAACAGCAACAACAAAAAAAACACAAAAAAGUGAAAAAAAUGUUUUAAAUCAGGACUCCAUUAACAUUUUCAAAAGCAAACUGUUUGCUCUGUGAUCAAAGGGGGAAAAAAAAAUCUCAUCUCUGCAUAAUAAUAAUAAUAAUUAAUAAAUAUAAUAAUAAUAAAGAUGUUACCUUUAAAAAUAAAACAAAGCUUUUGGAAAAUUGAACUUAGCAUAUGAUGUGCAGGAAACAAGUGUAUUGCGAAGACGGGGACUGUGCUUUCUGUCUUAUACUUUCACAUCACGUUCACACUACUGUUUUUUCUAUUCCUGCUUCCCUGGGGAUGGAUGGGAUUUCUCACAAAGCAGGAAAGGUAGGGAUGGAUUAUGACUGUGUUUGCUCUCCUAUCAAUAAAA